UCAUCAGUCAUCUCAUUUCUCUCAACAAACCAAAACAAAUCAAGUCAGCAAAGAAAAAAAAACAUGGCUGCUUCUACUUCUAUGGUCUCAGCUGCCGCGGCUGUUACCACCAUUAACCGGGUCGCACCCUUCAAUGGUUUGAAAUCCUCGGCCGCUUUCCCAGCCAUCAAGAAGUCCGAGAACGAUUUCACCUCCAUCUCCACCAACGGAGGAAGAGUGCAGUGCAUUCAGGUGUGGCCAACAACUGGGUUGAAGAAAUUCGAGACAUUAUCGUACUUGCCACCUCUGACCGAAGAACAAUUGGCCAAGGAAGUGGAUUACCUUCUUCGCAACAAUUGGGUUCCUUGCCUUGAAUUCCAAUUGGAGGAGUUGAAUGGAUUCGUUCACAGAGAAUACAACAGCUCUCCAGGGUACUAUGAUGGAAGAUAUUGGACAAUGUGGAAGCUACCCAUGUUCGGGUGCACUGACUCGAGUCAAGUUUUGAAGGAGUUGGCCGAGGCCAAGAAGGCUUACCCAUCCGCAUUUGUCCGUAUCAUUGGAUUCGACAACAAGCGUCAAGUCCAGUGCAUCUCCUUCAUUGCAGCCAAGCCUGACGGUUACAAAUAAAUUUAUAUGCACUAGCUACAAUCGAGGAUUAUUAUGUUUUCAAUAAAACUCGUCCCAACCAAUUACCAAAAGGUCUUCCCUUUUUGUUAUUUGAAUCAUUGUCAUUAGUUUGAUGAUGAUUUGUACUCUAUUCUACGAGUUUUUGUAUUUACCAUUUUAAGUGAAUUUCAAUGUAUGUUUGUUUGUUAUUGUU